AUGAACCUUAAACGAGCAUUCCUUUGUGAUCAGGGUGGUGUUGACUCAUGUCAAGGUGAUUCUGGAGGACCGCUUGCUUGCCAGGAAGACAAUGGUGCGUCGAAGCCGUACGCCUGGCGUAGUGUUAUACACGUUUGGGGUGAUGGAUGCGCUCAGAAAGCACAACCUGGAAUUUACACCAUGAUUGCUCCGUACCUGUCAUGGAUUGAAGGUAUCCUGCAAAAUCGCUGA